UCCCGAGCGACAGGCACCAUGGAAACAGCCGGACUCAUCCUGCUCCUGACCGUGACAUAUUCCGUAGCAGUGCCGCUGUCUUCUGAAGAGAGCAGCGAAGACAUGCAGGACUGGCUUACAGCUGAGAAAUACCUGCGCAGGUUCUACGACCUGCCCGCGGGGCUCCAGGGGGCCGAGACAUCCUCCGACACCAUGAGGCAGAAGAUCCGGGAGAUGCAGGCCUUCUUCCAGCUGGAGGUGACCGGGAGCCUGGACUCCAACACCCUGGAGGUGAUGGCCAAGCCCCGCUGUGGGGUCCCCGAUGUGGCAGAGUACAACCUCUUCCCCAAAAACCCAAAAUGGAAGAGCAACCCUGUGACGUUCAGAAUAGUGAACUACACUCCGGACCUGGAUAAGUCCGAUGUGGAUAGAGCCAUCCGGAAUGCCCUCAACGUCUGGAGUGAGGUGACCCCUCUGAAGUUCAAAAAACUGUAUGAGGGUAACGCUGACAUCAUGAUCGGCUUCGGGAGUAAAGAGCAUGGAGAUUACAACCCCUUUGAUGGCCCGAAUGGGCUACUGGCCCACGCCUACCCCCCUGGUCAAGGGAUGGGAGGGGAUACUCACUUUGACGAAGACGAGACCUGGACCAAAGACUCGCACGAGUACAACCUGUUCCUGGUGGCGAGUCACGAAUUCGGCCACGCUCUUGGCCUUUCCCACUCCACGGACCCAGGGGCACUGAUGUACCCGGUGUACUCCUACGCACAAGGGUUCCCCCUAUCUGAGGAUGACAUUCAAGGGAUACAAGCUCUCUAUGGCCCAAACCCCAACCCACCAUAUGUCAAACCCAAGCCUGUGGCUCCCAACAAGUGUGACCCCAUGUUGACCUUCGAUGCAGUAACUGAGUUGAGGGGAGAAACAAUCAUCUUCAAAGACAGGUUCUACUGGCGCCUGCAUCCCCAGCUUCCUGAACCUGACCAGACACUGAUCAAAUCCACCUGGCCAGCCAUCCCAAAGAAAGUGGAUGCUGCAUAUGAAAACCCAGAAAAAGACCUGGUCUUCAUAUUCAGUGGUAUCAAAAUGUGGGCACUGAAUGGAUACACCUUGGUCGAGGGCUACCCAAAAUACAUCCACAAACUAGGCCUGCCGAAAAGCGUGCGCAAGAUCGAUGCGGCUGUCUACAUACCAGACACAGGCAGGACCCUUCUGUUCACGGAUGAGGAGUACUGGAGCUAUGAUGACAAUCGCGGUAGCAUGGACAGAGGCUACCCCCGGCGCAUAGAGGACGACUUCCCCGGCAUCGGAGAGGAAGUGGAUGCCGCUGCGUAUCAUUAUGGUUAUUUGUAUUUCUAUCGUGACCAAAUCCAGUUUGAGUACAGUUUCCACGCCAGGAAGGUCAUCCGAAUAAUGAGGACGAACUCCAUCCUCAACUGCUGAUCGCUUCCUCCAGAAAGACCACCCUCUGUCCAGUCACCUGGCCCCAUCUCCAGAGAAGAAAGCUUUUCCCCUAAUAUAUUGUAUACUUUUCUCUCUCUGACCUGGCAUGGACUGCCAAGAAACCUAGAGACAGACAUUUAUUUAGCUUUAUUUUGGUAAAAACAGCAGGUCUGAUUAUGAGGGCGAUCUGAGAUCUCCAAUGUGCCGUUUCCUAAAUAUUAUUUAAUUUGUUACGGUAAUAAUUUACUUUCUGUUGUGUAUUUUGGGUAUGACUGUUGUAUCAAAGUUUAACUAUAUUUUAGUGUAUACAGUGGAAUGUUCUGUACUUUGAAACUGUGUAUAAAUGCAGUGAUAAUGCAGUGAAAAUGCAGGGAAAAUGCAGUGAACUUUUAAUGCCGACCAAUGACAAGGCCUGCUGGAAAUCAGGUGACUGAACACACAAAACCAGAGACAUUCAGUUGAUUUUUCAGCCCUUGAAAUUAAACCAAAAUCUGAUUUAAUAUGAUAAUUUAUGUGAAGUGAUGUGAUCUAAAGCUCAAUAGCAAUCUACCAGUCUAGAAAUCAUUUUGCUGUCUCAACAAAAUCACCUUCCCACUGAGAUAUCAGUCUGCACAGAACUGAGUAAAGGAAAAUGGAUGUUGACAACCACUAAGAUAGCUGCAGCCAUUGAAUUGAAUUUGGGUGAUUUAGGCCACUGACAAAAUUUGUAAAUAAUUGCAAAAAAACAUUUUCAUGAGUUUGGUAGUUACUGUAAUUAAUGGAAAUCACAAUGCAGUUAAAUAAAAUAGAGCCAUAGUUUCAAGAACUGUGAACAUAUUUUUUAUUUUCUAGUGAAAUGUUAAAUACUAUAUAAUGUCUGUUGAAUUGU